UUUUUUUUCAAAAAACCAAAAGGCUGUGAAAUGUCUUGAAAUUUGCUCUCAAUAUAAAAUAAUCUAAAAAUGUAAACUACAUUUUCUUUGACCUUACUUUUAUUCACUUACUGAUAGAGGAUUUUGCAUGUUUCUACCAUCUGACAUUAUUUUAUACUGUUUAUAUAUAUUUAUGUACAAUGGAUAAUAUGGUUAUUUUUGCUCGAUUUUUCUGUCAAGACAUUUGCUUUAUUAUAAAUCCGCAAGAAAACGUCCAGUGUAAAAAAAAACUGCUUACAUUCUACCUUUAAAAUGCAGCCACAUUUACAAAAAGAAAAAAAAAUAUGAUUCGGUUAAUCCGGAAGUAGCUUCGCAUAGGUAUUUCCUUUUUCCGGUCAUGGUUCUAGCUUUCUAAAUAAGUGUUUUAUUGUGAAGGGGAGUGUAGUUCUUUCUGGAGUGAACGCUUCUCCUGCCUUUGACACUCCCGGGACAGAGAGCCGAAGUCCAGCGAUGAUCUGCGUCCUGCUGGUGGCCGGACACGGAGCCGUAUUGGAGGCACAAAUCAAGAGCGAUGACACAGGUCUGUACCACCACUUGGCUGGGGUUCCGAAGGCCAUGCUCCCUGGCAUUGGAGGAAAGAAGAUCCUGGACUUCUGGUGGGAAACCGUGAACAUGCGGCAGCUUUUCACUGAGGUCUACCUGGUCACCAAUGCAGAUAAGUAUAAACAUUAUGAGCGCUGGGCGACGGCGAAUGAUUUUCCCGUGGAGAACAUUGUUAACAACGGCAGUACUACUCUGCAGGACCAGCUCGGCGCCGUGGCUGAUCUUGUGCUCGCCAUACGCAGCCGGAAACUGCAGGAUGACAUCAUGGUGAUCGCCGGAGACAUGCUGUGUGCUGACCAGAACUUUGACAUCGGACAAGUGGUUCGAUUCUUCAAAUCGAAGUCAGGGGAGCUGAUCAUCUUCUACGAGCUGGAGGACGGUGAGGAGAGCAGCUCCAGGGGGAUUGUGGAAGUGUGUCCUGAGACCCACAGGAUCACACGCUUUCUGGAGAAGCCUCAGGACGGAGUGACGGUCUCUCGGCUGGCCAGCGUUGUGUUUUACUGCAUCCAGAAAGACACGCUUUCCUGCAUGUCUGAGUUCCUGGAUCUGCAGCAUGAAGCCCCCCAGAAGACCUUUGGACAGUUCUGGGAGUGGCUCGUCAAUGAGAAGCGUAUGGAUGUGUUUGGCAUGAAACUUCCCACGGGCUUCCAGCUCAUCGGACAAGUGGGACUCUCGGACUACACCAAGUGGCUCACUCAUUACUCUGCCAAAAAGCAGGACUGCAGGGCUGAGCCAAUCACCUGCCGCUCAUACGCCAGAGUGGGGCUGAUGGGAAACCCAUCGGAUGGGUUCAACGGGAAGACCAUCGCCAUGACCAUCUCUAACUUCUGGGCUGAAGUCACCCUGCUGGAAAGCCAGACUUUGGUUUUAGUCCCUCACCCUCUCAACGACCCCACAGAGUUUGGCAGUCUGCAGGAUCUGUUCUGCAUCAGCAGAAAGGAGGGGUACCUGGGCGGGCUGCGGUUGCUGCAAGCCACAUGCAAAAAGUUCUACCAGUUUUGCUCCAAACAAGGGAUCGCUCUGACCAAGCAGAACUUCACCCUGAAGUACGACACCAACAUCCCUCGACAAGUGGGCCUGGCUGGAAGCAGUGCCAUCGUGUCUGCCACGCUCAAGUGUCUGAUGAAGUUCUACAACAUCACUGAUGCGGAUCUUCCCAAACCCGUCCGUGCCAACUUUAUCCUCAGUGUGGAGACAGAUGAGCUGUUCAUCACAGCCGGUCUGCAGGACCGAGUGGUGCAGGUCUACGAAGGCUUGGUGUACAUGGACUUCAGCAAGGCGCUCAUGGAGCAGCAGGGCUAUGGGAGCUACAUCUCUAUAGACAUGAAGAACCUGCCCACUUUCUGGCUGGCCUACCUGAGCGACCCCAGUGACUCUGGGAGAAUCCACAGUAACAUCCGGCAGCGCUGGCUCAAUGGUGAGGACGCUGUACUGGAGGCCAUGAGGUCUUUUGCUGAGCUCACAGAUCAGGCCUGGGCUGCCAUUGAGAACCAAGACUGGAUCUGCCUGGCUCAGCUGAUGGACCAGAACCUGGACUUGCGGAGGUCCAUCUACACAGAUGACUGUCUGGGUCCGGGGAACAUGAUGAUGAUUCGACUGGCGAGACAGUUCGGAUCGGCGGUGAAGUUUCCUGGCAGCGGUGGUGCCGUGGUGGGGUUGUGUCUGGAUCAGGACAAACUGAUGGAGAUGCGUCAGGCCUUCCAGGAAGCAGGCUGUGUCUUCUGUCUAAUCUCACCUUACAGCCCAUCCUCCGGCUCUGACGGGAUCACCACCGACCAAGCGUCCAAGACCUGGACCUCACUGUGACACCCCAACAUCCUGAGCCAAGUGGAAGCUGGAGCACACCCGAAGCCAGGGUUUAUUACAAAGACUUCAACCUUUCCUAAUCAAGUUAGAUGUCCACGCUCAGACAGCUGAGUAACUUUGACAGAGUCAGAAUGUAAUUUGAUAACAUUCCUCAACAGUUUCCCAUCCUAGAAGCUCAGACUGAAGGGUGAGGCUGAAUCAGAAUUCUUCCCCUUCUCCCUUGUAGAGCAUUGGAGGGACAGUGGUGUCUGAAAUAGAUUUUUAAGAGAUAGCCGUGAGGCUUAAGACUAUUCCACCGCCGCAAGGGUGUUCGAGGAGAAAUUAUUUUCUUCCCAUGAAGCACAGAAGUUUAAAUGUUAAUGUUAGUAAUGACUUUUUUAUGGAGAGAAAAUCGACUCAAACUGAUUAGUGUGUGUGCGUAUUCUUGGUUUGUGCAUAGCUUUGAAAUUAAGCAUACGUAAUUCUUUGAUUGUAACUCAUAUAAUACGUUUUGUGCAUUAGUAAAAAAAUUACAAAAUACAAUCUACACAUGCACAAAUUCAAAUUACAACUGCUUAAAACUCAGACAAAUCUUAACAAAAGAAGCACAAAUCACUUGUUACGCACAAAUCUGUAGUGAAACUGUUUUCAUCCCACGGGUUGGUCCAUGAGUGAUGCCUUUAAAUGCUUGUAGAAUGCUCAUCCAUCAGAGUUUUUUAUCAGCCGUUUUAAACUUUGAUUGUGAAUUUUUUCUGGUGAAACUUGACAUUUUCCCACUUUCUUAAACAGAUAUCGGCAACUAUUGAUGACAUUAUCGAGGGCCAGUGACAUCAGAAUUUGUAGAGUCUGAAGGGCUAUAUGUAGGGGUAGAGGAAGAAUCCUGCCUUACACUCUCAAAAUGUAAUCUGGAUCUAUGGCUCCUCCCCUCAUAGGCUGAGAUGUUGGAUAUUCUGAAUGAUUACAACGGUAGCAUGGUUCUAGCAAUGGAUUAAAAGAUCCUCCUAACAUAACCUGUAACUGCAAUGCAACUCUGUAAGAGUUAAUAUGUAAUCUGAUUACAGUAACAGAUCCAAGGUUCCUCCUCAAGGAUGGUGAGGGACUGUUAUUCCAGAAAAUCUAAAUGUAAUCUAAUAACAGAAACACAUUAAAACUUCUUAACAGACUAAGA